CCAUGACCGACGUGUACGACAAGUACCCAUCUUUCAUUCCAUCUGCUUCGAAAACGGAGAAAAAUGGCUCAAGCCGGCACCACAAGGCUCCCCUGUCGCAGUCUGAGACAAAGGCCGAAAUCAACCGCAAGAAGCUCUAUGAAGGAGGCAGCAUUUUCCUGGAGGAGCUAUGUUCUCUACCGAUGACGCAGAGAGCGGCGGAGGCAGUUAUGGAGAUAAAGAAGGGCAACACUUUGUUUGGGUCACUCGGGGCGCUGGCGGCGUCAGCUGGUCUGUUCGUCGCCAACGCCUGCGUCUCUCCAAUCAAGGUUGCGACUUCGGUGGUUGCGAAGACGAGUCCCACAGCUGCUGUGUACGUGGACUCCACUGCCGCUGUUUUGUUAGAGAGCGUCGAGACAGCUCUACCAGUCAUUAGGUCCGAUCCAGUCAAGGUGGCUAGACGGUUAAAAUACAGGUCCGUCAAGUUGAUGUAUGACGGGGCCAGAUGCGUGGUGAAGAGCCAGAUCGGCCAGUGUGCCCUGAAGACAGUGAAUACCCUGGUGGAAGGCGCGGAGGUGAUGCUGGCAUAUGUUGCUCCACUAGAUUCUUGCGCGGAGACUGCCGAGGAGCCCGGGGACGGUUUGCGCACGGAAGAAGAGUCCGGCGAACACAAGGGCACACAGACGCCUGCCUCUCCCAAGCCUGAGACUUCCACCCUUGUCUGUCGAGUACUUGCGCUGCCUUUUCGAACUGCGCUAAUGGUUACCAAACCCAUUCAGCGAACGAUGGUUUACUUUGCUAAGAGCCGGCGGUACCGAAAGACUGGGCGGACACCUUGUCUUGAAACCAGGACAGCGAAGAAGUCCUUGGAAGGGCGACCUAGGGCUUCGCCAAGAAAGCGAGCGAGUAAGCCAGAGAAACCACCAUUCUAUCGUCGACUCGCCACAUCCUUACUGGUCACCCUCAAGAUUAUGAAUCCACCACAACCUGAAGAUACCUCAGUCCAACCACCCAACUAUGUCUUCGACCCGAAUAUUGUUCCCUCUCCCAAGCACAAAUUUGCAAAACGGUCACACGAUGACGUUGGAAGUGAUGACGGGACUCUCUCAGACAUCAUGGGUGACCUCGAGGACUACUGUAGUGAUGAUGAUCCCAACUAUGAGUGGGAUUACAGCUGCAUGGGAGAAGACUACGACAGUUUCGAGUACAUGACUGAUUCCUUUAGCGAUCUCGAGGAAGAGUUGGAUUUCGUUGAGAAGGAGGCGGGGACAAACAUCCUUGGAGGGAGAAUAAGGGCCGCAAAUCGAGAUCACAAAGUAACUGCGAGAUUAGGCGACACCAAAACCGACAAGAAAUGUUCCGAAGCAAUCGAAACGAAUACUAAUACUCCUGUAACAUGUGCUGCGGUUAUGAAUACGAUUACCACGGCCACGAAAACAACUGCCGCUGCCACGAAAACAACUGCCGCUGCCACGAAAACAACUGCCGCUGCCACGAAAACAACUGCCGCUGCCACGAAAACGAGUACAACGUCCCCGAAAACAUUUGCUGCUGCCACUAAAAGUGCUACGAUCACGAAAGCGCCAACUACAACUUCCACAACUGGUGUUAAAAAGGAUAAAGGUGAUCCUUUCACCAACAACAACUUCACUAUAUUGGCCCCAGAAGACACAGCCCCGCUGACAAAAAACGUGGCGCUCCCUCCACUCAAGUAGGAUUCCAAAACAAGAGUGGAGGUGACGUCUUAAUGGUGAAUGUUGUGCUUAUGUUUGGUUUUUUGCAUUACGCCAUGUUUUGUCUUUACUUGAGAUAGGCCUGACGGUGUCUUUGAUAUUCUGAUGUGUAUAUACUAAGGCAGGUUUCGCAACCCCUACGAGGGGACUUGGACUUCGUCGUUCGUGAUAGUCGCGAAAUCUGCCUACUUUGCUUUUCGCGUUGGGAAUGAUAAGGAGAUUUCCAUUGUAUUGUUUGAGUGUCUUCUCUUUUGUAUUUGAGCGUUUCAGAGUCGACUUGCUUUCGAAAAGAUUCAACACACCUAGCAUAUACAUUUUGUAUACCGGUAAUUUCAUGUAAAUAAACAUAGAACGACGAGGAAAUGGGCCUUGCCUGGCCCUGGUCGAACAAAACUUUCCGUUCGCAGCUCAUCACUAUUCAUCGUUAAAAUCUUUCUGUAACUGAUCAUGUGCUGUAUCAUUU